UCACAAUUCACUUCAAAACAAACUGUUGUAUCGGGCUUAAAAUCUCCUAGACCAAUCAAAAUAGCACAUUCUUGCUCUUCUUGCUGUGUACCAAGCUGAAAUCUUAGCCUUGGGUGACAUCGCAUUUUCUUCCUCGUUAAGCAGUUUACGAAGGAAACCAAGUCAACAUGGCCCUCAGUCUGCACUCCAUAGAUGCCAUUCUAAUUCUCUCUACUGAAGACUCUUCGAGAAUAUAUGCUAAAUACUACUCACCACCUCAUGUUGCCUCCGGUCAAACUCACAAAAGCCCAUACUCGACUCCGAAGGAGCAGAAGGCAUUCGAGAAGGGUCUUAUGGAAAAGACGAUUAAGACGAACGGCGACAUUAUUCUUUAUGACAAUCGCGUGGUGGUCUACAAGACUGAGGGUGAUACUAUGCUUUUUGUGGUUGGCUCCGCAGACGAGAACGAGAUUCUGCUCUUUAACGCCGUGCUCGCCCUCCGGGACAGUCUUAACAUCCUCUUGAAGACAAGCGUGGACAGGCGGACAAUCAUUGAAAACUACGACUUGGUUUGCUUAGCCAUUGAUGAGCUAUGCGACGACGGAGUGCUCUUGGAAACAGAUCCGAUUACGAUCGCUAGUCGUGUUAGCAAACCACCUCCACAAGACAUUAAUGUAAAGGGCAUCGAUUUGUCUGAGCAGGGUCUGCUCAAUGCUUGGGAGUUCGCAAAAAUGAAAGCUGCGGAGAGAAUACGGCAAGGAAUAUGAUUAGAUUGGAUUUUGAAUGAACCGGUCUUAGGGCUCAUCCUUGAAGGAGUUGGGCAGGUCAUGAUAAUUAAGAGUCUUGCAUCAGUGGCUGACUUUGGAAUUGCGUUCGCCACUAGGAUUAUUGUGAAGCUAUAUACACCUCGAAAGACGAACAGAUCAAGGCGAUAGGUCGGUUGAAUAUUUUUUCAAAUGAGGCAGAAUGAAACGGGCCUACGAGGAGUCAAAUGUGUUGCUCCAGAGCCCUGAACAAUCCGGACGUCAUCUUGCUAGUCAAGACACCGUAAACAGAAGGCUCUGUGAAAAUAGGCGCUCGUUGAACCUCUAGACCCCUCUGUAAUAUUGCGAUUCCCGACCCGGCGACUCUACGACAAAAAGCCCAAUUCUGCUACAUGAGGGUGCAACGGUCACCAGCCCUUUGUUUGCUAGUUUUAGCUUCGCGAUGACCG